UCGAUAAGGGAGGUGAUGCCAACCGGGGAGAUUCCUUUACGAAAAGUAUGUCGAUUGUCGAUCCAUUUCGCAAUUUCUGCAUCUAGCAUGAUUAUCCGCCUUUCACUGUCGUUUUUAUUCAGGCGUGGAAUAUUGAACAGACCACUGACUAAGCACCAACUCAGUGGGGUUUCGACGAGGGUCAUAUAUAUGUAUAGAGCAAUCAUCUACCGAGCCAUCCUACAUGCGAGGCGACACAGGGGCUGUGAUUUACGUGCUAGAUGAACAACCAUCAAGAACCGAAACAU